CGCAGUGGGGGCAGAGGGGCUGGCGCGGGUGGAUUUAAUUACCCCCAAAAAACAUGUAACCUGAAAUAUUCUUUACAAAAAAGCCGAAAAGAUAAACGGAAGUCACACAGAAGAGUCUUAAUAGGACGGUUUUUAUAUAUUUUAUUUGUUUUUCUGAGGCCUGCGGAUGGCGAGCGCGAGCGUGGAGUGAGUCUCGCGGAAGAUGAUCUGAUUGGAUAAUUAGCUGUGGCUGACCCGUCUGACCGUAAAGCAGCAUUUAUCCUCCAUUUACUUCCAGCCGCUGUUUUUACACUGUGAGAAAGCACCAGCCGGCUGCACCAUGCAGGGGUACAGAGGCCCAGGCCGCCAUCCCCAGUCAAUGAAUCCAUCCAACGGAUCAGCGCCUUACUCCAUGACCCGGGUCGUACCCAUGAGAUCACCGCCCCCUGUCAAAGCCCUGCCUCCACCACCAGCACGUCCAAAACCGUUAGCUCCUCCACCAGCACGAUCGCCUGCCAUUCACGUCCCGGAGGCCCACAACCGGCAGAUAAUGAAAAACACCUACAUCUGCAUCGGAGUCAGUUUUUUCACGUUCUUCGUCGUGCUUUUCCUCGUCCUUGGUCUGAGCCCCAGAGAAGUUCUUGAUGAGAACUGUCCCGACCACAACCUGAUGCUGAGCAAAUGGAAACCCGGAAAUAACUCGAAAAUGGAUGUGGUCGUACGUAACGGAGAACGGCUCAAACUCAUUGCAUCAGCCACCAUGCGCUCUCUCACCAUCCAAUCAGGAGGGUUGGUGGUGUUUGCUGAUAAUAAAGACGGUUCGAACAACAUCACUUUACUAACAGGCUUUAUUUUAAUUGAAGAUGGAGGCGCACUUUACAUCGGCGCCCCGAAGUGUCGUUAUCGUUCGCACGGCACCAUCACGCUAGUGGGCCGCUCAGACGACACUUCCGUGUCUCCCGUACCCGAUUUUGGACGCAAGUUUGUCGGCGUGCGUCCCGGUGGCACACUGGAGCUCCACGGCCUCCAGCGUCCGUCCUGGACUCUGCUAACACGCACCGUCCCCGCCACGGGCCUGGCGGCAAUCAGUUACACCUUCGAAAAGAACUUCAGCAGAGGCAUCAACCUUCGCGUUGUAGACCAGGACACGGGCGCGUUGCUGAGCAACGAACGCUUCGACACGCACGAAUCACAGAACGACAGCAGAAAGCUGACCCAGAUGCUGCAGUCGCUGCCACACGGGCGCAUCGUCACUCUCGCCGUGGGUGACUCGGCUGCAAAGAGCCUUCUCGAUGAGACCAAGAGGACCGUCCAGGAGCUUCUGGGCAGCCACUACGUCCAUAAGCUCAAAUACAGGCAGGCUUGGGCGUUGGUGUCGGUGGUCGGUGGAGGAAACGGCUCCUGCUCAGAGGACGUACGCGAGCACGAGAACCACGACACCGGGGGAAAGGCGCUCGCCCGCCGAGACUUUGUCACCGUGGACGGUGUGCGAUUCUUCGUGUCUGCUUACAGCGAGUGGCGGAACGGUUUCGCCAUAUCAGGAUUCCAGGUGGACGUGGUGGACCAGGUGAUCCUGAACGUGCAGGAUGACGUAAGCAGCUGGAGGCCAGGAGAUCGCAUCGUGGUCGCCAGUACUGAUUAUUCCAUGCACCAGGCUGAAGAGUUCACAUUGCUGCCCUGCCCCCACUGCGGCAGAACACAGCUUCGGAUACAAGGGAAGCCUCAGUUUACUCACAUGGGCGAGAUUGUGGACGGUGUGGACAUGCGCGCUGAGGUCGCCCUUCUCUCUAGGAACAUCCUCAUCCAUGGAGAGAUGGAGAGCUCCUGCUACGGCAACAACUGGUGUCAGUACUACAACCAUGACACCUUCGGAGGACACGUCAAGAUUCUGGGAAAUUUCUCCUCAGUGCACAUGUCUCAAGUCGAACUGAAGCAUAUGGGACAGCAGGCAGAGAGGGACAGCAACCCAGUCCACUUCCACAUGUGCGGAGAUGUGGAUGAGAACAGCGCCUACCUGGACUCACUCUCCAUCCAUCACUCGUUCUCCCGCUGCGUCUCCAUCCACGCUACCAACGGCUUACUGGUCAGGGACACGGUGGGAUACGACACGCUGGGUCACUGUUUCUUCCUGGCGGAUGGAACCGAGCAGAGGAACACGUUUUAUCAUAACCUGGGAUUAGUGACGAGGCCAGGGACCAUCCUGCCCACGGAGCGCAACGACACCUUGUGCAUCAAAAUACGAGAUCGGGUGCACGGGGGAUACACACCUUCACCGGCCACUGAGUGCAAGGCUGUGUCGACGUUUUGGAUCGCCAACCCAAACAACAAUCUGAUCAACAACGCAGCCGCUGGCUCGCAGGAUGCAGGAAUUUGGUACAUCUUUCACAAUUCCUCGACAGGAGACUCUAAUGGGCUCGUUCCCGAGACUAAAGCUGAACUGACCCCGCUGGGGAUUUUCUACAACAACAGAGUUCAUUCCAACUUCAAGGCUGGUCUUUUUAUCGAUAAAGGAGUGAAGACGACAAACUCCAGCGCUGCAGAUCCUCGCGAAUACCUCUGCCUCGACAACAACGCCAGGUUUCGUCCCCAUCUGGACUCGGACCCUACCAAGCCGCGCGUGGCCGCGCUUAUCGACACGCUGAUCUCCUUUAAGAACAACGACCUCGGCGCCUGGAUCCGUGGUGGUGACAUCAUCAUAAGGAACUCUGGAUUUGCAGAUAACGGUGUUGGACUGUCAUUUGCAAGUGAUGGCAGUUAUCCUAAAGACAUUGGCGCCAGUCAGGAGGUGUCCGAGUCCCUGUUUGUAGGGGAGAGCAGGAACCGCGGCACCAGCGGAGGACAGAAUAAAUACUGGGGUGUUGGAGGAGUGGACGGCUACAACCGGACACUGCCACGAAACAAGACGUUUCCCAUCCGCGGGUUUCAGAUCUAUGAUGGACCUGUUCGGCUGAUGAAGAGCACGUUCACGGCGUACGUGCCCACUCCGGAUCGGUUCACUACAGCCGUGGGCUUCAGCCUCAAAAACGUCUGGCAGCUCACACCGAGAAACAACCUGUCCUCACUGUCCUUCCUGCCCAGCGUGACCCUCAGGGCAUUUUUUGGUCGUCCUGGUCAGUGGUUUGAGGACAACGACUUGGACGGAGACAAAAACUCAAUCUUCCAUGACCUGGAUGGAUCAGUGAGUGGUUACCCCGACACGUAUGUGGUAAGAGCUGACAACUUCCUGCUCCAGCACCCUGACUGCGUGAAAAUGCCGCAGUGGAGCGGGUCUGUCUGCAGCGGGCGCUAUGCUCAGGUGUACAUAAAGACGCAAGGUGUGCCCAACCUGAGCCUGUCAAUCAUCAGGGACGAGUAUCCGGAUAAGCCCUUAGUGUUAAGGGGCAUUAACAGCCAGACGGCGCUCUCCCAGCAGUACCAGCCCGUUCUGAUGCUGAGCAAGAGCUAUACGCUGCACUGGAAUGGCCAGGCGCCCAAAGAAAUCGUCCUCUCACUUACCAACUUUAACCAAGGCGACUGGGCGCUCAUUGGCCUCUGCUACCCUUCAGACACGACUUUCCAGGUGAUGUCGGACAUUUACGACCGUCAGAAAAACAUGUUUGAUGGCAUGGAAGACUACGGCACCGUAUCCUCUCUGGCUGAGCUGGAAAAGCGCCAACAGGACAGGAAGUACUUUUUCGACCGGGAUACUGGUUUGCUUUGGUUGUACACUCGAGCACGGCAUCCCCGUAAUGGCCACAGUUACUGCUCUACCCGGGGCUGCGAGCGAGUAAAGAUCACGGCCACCACGAGCACUAAGCAAACCUGUAACUGCACCGCUGCUGCCUACCCCAAGUACACCAGGGAGCCCAAAGCAUCAGUGCUCAUGUCUUCACCCGUCACACAACCCUGCAACAAAUGCGGGGCCUCAAAGCUGGUUUUCUCUAACGACCCCUGGAACAGCUACCUCCAAACACAGAUCAAAUCCCUCAGUGUCGCCGAUGAGGAAAAGAACGACACGCAAGCCUUCAUCACUGUAAACACCAAACAAUUUAACCUCACUAAAACCGGCUUCCUCGUUGUCACCGUAGAUUCCUGCACUGGCAAGGUCCUCAAGAAUUUGUUUUUUGUAAAGCCAGACUCCAGGAUGGAGCAGUACUUCAAAGCUGAAAUUCCAGCACGGUCAAUUGUCCUGCUGGCCUCAAGAGGAAAACCUAAUGGAUUUGCUGGUGUCGCCCAGUAUCUCGUCCCCCUGGGAGCGGCCAAAGUGGCAGACCUGCAGGGGAAAGAGAGUCUCUCGUUCUUUGGCUUCCAGGGAGCAUCAUCGCCUCCACCAUGGGUCUCGUUCCUAAUGAACCAGGGUCAAGAGGUCGUGGAAAAAUAUCUCCCUCUCUCCUUAAAUGAAUAUUCGUGCCCUCCUGGAACAGAGCUACCACAACGGAAAGAUCUAGAACUGCUGAGGAAAGCUCGGAGUUAAAGACCUUACAAUGUGAACGCAAAUGAUUGAAUGUGAAUUUAUAAACUUUAUUUAUUUGGUGCGAACAAAACACCUUCGGGGGGGUAUUUUAUAGAGUACACUGUGUGUGUGUGUUUGUGUGCGUGUUUUCAAGUGUUCAAGUGAUA